GUGAAAAAGAAAGAUACAUCAGAUUCAAAAAGCGGGUGGACAUGGAUGUAAGUACUCUGGCACAUGUUGUACAGGCCUCCUGUGUGUUACAUAACAUAUGCGAAGCUCUUAAAAAUGAAUUCGAAUUUCUUCCUGAUUGGGCUGACGCUGAAGUACUUAUCGAGGAACCAAUACUUCCAAUUGCAAUUGAUGAAACGCCAGCACCAGACGCAGAGCUAAUCCGUGAUGCAUUAGCUGAAUAUUUCACCAGUUAA